GACCUCCUCCUUUCUACAGCCAAAAAGAGGAGGGGGAGGGGAUGUUUGAGACUUUGCACACCAAAGCUAUACAGUGCUCGCUUCCCCUCCACAGAGCUAUGUAUUAUCCAAAUUUAGUGUCCUCCGUACACCCUUUUCUAUGAUCCUAUCUCUCCUUUCACGUCUUUCCUAGCUUUUUUAGCUUCAUACAAUCCCUUCUGAAAAAGCUCCAAAAGCUCAAAAACAAUGAUUAUAAACCUCUCAAUCUCUCCCCCAACUUCUUCGGCCUACUCUCUCUUGCAUUCGAAGUUACCCAUCUCCAGAUUCCCUCUUAAACCUAAAACCCAGUUCACAAAUUCGCUCAUUUCUUCUUCUUCUUCUCUAUGUUCUUCGUUUUCUUCUCCAAUUCACCAGUUUUCUCGUGAGAACACAAGAUACCCAUAUGAGAAAAGGAACUCUCUUCGGGUAUGGGCGUUCUCUGGAUUUGAAUUAGAAAGUGCUCAAUCUGUUGUAGAGGCGGUAGCAGUGUUAGCAGCUAUCAUCAUCGUUCAUGAGAGUGGACACUUCCUCGCAGCUUAUCUCCAAGGAAUCCAUGUAAGUAAGUUCGCAAUUGGGUUUGGUCCAGUUCUUGCUAAGUUCAAUUCAAAGAAUGUAGAAUACUCCAUUAGAGCAUUUCCUCUCGGUGGUUUUGUGGGUUUUCCGGAUAAUGAUCCCGACAGUGAUAUACCUGUCGACGAUGAAAAUUUGCUCAAGAACAGACCCAUCUUCGAUAGGGUUCUUGUCAUAUCCGCUGGAGUAAUUGCCAAUGUAAUCUUUGCUUAUGCCAUCGUCUUUAUCCAAGUCUUAUCGGUUGGGUUGCCUGUUCAAGAGUCCUUGCCUGGGGUGAUUGUGCCGGAGGUUCGAGCCUAUUCAGCUGCUGCCCGAGAUGGAUUGCUCCCUGGUGAUGUUAUUCUUUCUGUUAACGGGAUUGAAUUGCCUAGAUCAUUUACUUCUGUUUCUCAGGUUGUUGAUAUCGUUAAGAAAAGUCCUGGAAGGAAUGUGUCUCUUACAGUUGUGAGAGGACAGCAGGAUUUGGAAAUUGGUGUUACUCCAGAUGAAAGCUCGGAUGGGACUGGGAAGAUUGGAGUUCAGUUAUCUCCUAAUCUUAAGAUUUCCAAGAUUAGGCCGAAAAAUUUCCCGGAGGCUCUGAACCUUACUGGAAGGGAAUUUUGGGGUCUCUCAUCCAAUGUUAUCGACAGCAUAAAACAGACUUUUCUCAAUUUUUCGCAGACAGCGGGCAAGGUUUCAGGGCCUGUUGCUAUUAUAGCUGUUGGAGCAGAAGUUGCAAGGUCCAACAUUGAUGGGCUUUAUCAAUUUGCUGCUCUGCUUAACCUUAAUCUUGCUAUCAUAAACCUUCUUCCCUUGCCUGCUUUAGAUGGGGGUUCCUUGGCUCUGAUCCUCAUAGAGGCAGCAAGAGGUGGCAGAAAGCUUCCUCAAGAAUUAGAACAGGGAAUUAUGUCAUCAGGGAUUAUGGCUGUUCUCCUUCUUGGGUUAUUCCUCAUUGUCCGGGAUACACUUAAUCUUGAUUUCAUUAAAGCCUUGUUGUGAUUGACUUGUAAGCUCUUUCAUGCUGAAUAUGUGAAUGGUCUCAUAAAAGACUUCAAGUGGAGCUCACAUGGGUUCUGAUUUGAUCGGCUGUGGUGUUACAGAGACUGGACAGUUGAAGUAAAGCUUGGAAUUGGGUACUUCAUUUAUUGAUUCUUCUGGGAUGUUUUGCAGUGGGUAGGGUAUGACUCUCAGAGUCCACUUAUUUCAUAUAAGGUGCAUACUCUGCCCUUGUAAAUCUUUUUUUCAAGAUACUGGUGAUACUAGCAUAGUUCAUGGACUCCAAGGUUUAAUUUCUUCUGUAAGAUAAUUUAUGCCGAUAUUGUAAGAAUCACACUCCAUUACAAUCCUUGCCAAUUGAGCGAGCAUGGGAGUUACAUGCUGGAAUUUGGAAGAAUGCUGUCCCUGAUAUGUGUUUUAGCUGUAUCCAUCCAGAGAGCUUGAAAGAGUAAGAGAGCCAUCUCAUUUCAUGCUAAAACAUCAUAAGAUUUUGUAUGCUUCUGUUUUCGUUAUGUCUUUCAUUGUUAUGAAUGGCUUCAUUAAUUUACCAUCAUUUCAUUAUUGCUCCAUGAAGAACUGGUCAAAUACUUGAACUCUUUGGAUAAGGUUGUAUAGGAUGAUCAGUGCUUGUUUGCUUCAGUAACCUCUAGUCUUGGAGCAUUUUGUGGAGAUGUAAACAUUGUGUUUCAUAUUUUCUGCUCAUACUCCUUAACUACCCCUGUAUUCUAGCAGUACAUCAAAAUGAUCAACAUUUAUCUAAGGACAUUGUUUUCAUUCA